AAGGUUUACCUCUUACCUACGUAAAGAAAGUCUUUUUUUAAAUGCGCAUGAAAAACAAGACGGGUGUAAUUACAAGUCUAAUUCGGGGACUCGUCUGACACCUAGGCUCUCCGAACGGACGGUGGAUAACAACGGGGACCCAAAGCAAAGCCUGAUUACACCUGGACUCUGACCGGACUGCCUUUUUAAACUUGGACCCCAAGACCGGACUUUCUUUUAUGCCCGGCCUCUAGAAUGAAGUCCAGUCGGCAGCCGGACUUCCAGAACGAAUUCUGGUUGAUGUCUGCGCUUUAGAACUGGUUCUGACCAUUUGGUUCUUUGAGGUGUUCUCUCAUGAUUAUCUGGGUACUCCCAAGGAUCACUUCACGGUUUGACGUUUUCCAAAGUUAGUGGCCGUACUCGAUUCAGCAUAACGUAAAGUACUUCCGAAAAGCAAGACAAUGUCAAAUACGGAAAUGGUAUUAAAUGACAAUUUACCCAGUGCUGAAGAUUCACCAGGUCAAGGCCAGACUGCUGGUAAUACUUCAGAUAUUGAAGAUGGAAGAAAUAAAAUGAGUCAAAGAUCCUUCAAGAGCAGGAAGAAAGAAAACAGCAAUGCAGAAGCCAAAGUGCCUGAUGAAAGUCCAAAAGAACAGAAUGCAUUCUUUAAAAACAUUUACCGAUUAAGUAGGAGGAAAUUAAGUUUCUCACCUCCAAAAACUUCAGACAAUGAGAAAACAAAGUUUAUGUCAAAUGAAAACACAGCUAAUAACUUAACAGAAGAAGAAGUGUGUGUGGAAGACAAGACAGUUGAGAACACAAAGUCUCCAUUGUCAGAAGUACUUCCAAAAAGCAAGACAAUGUCAAAUACGGAAAUGGUGUUAAAUGAUAAUUUACCCAGUGCCAAGGAUUCACCAGGUCAAGGCCAGACUGCUGGUAAUACUUCGGAUAUUGAAGAUGGAAGAAAUAAAAUGAGUCAAAGACCCUUCAAAAACAGUGAGAAUGAAAGCAGCAAUGCAGAAGCCAAAGUGCCUGAUGAAAGUCCAAAAGAACAGAAUGCAUUCUUUAAAAAUAUUUACCGAUUAAGUAAGAGGAAAUUAAGUUCCUCAUCUCUAAAAACUUCAGACAAUGAUAAAGCAAGGGUUAUGUCAAAUGAAAACACAGCUUAUAACCUAACAGAAGAAGAAGUCUGCGUGGAAGAUAAGACAGUUGAAAACACGAAGUCUCCAUUGUCAGAAGUACUUCCGAAAAGCAAGAUAAUGUCAAAUACGGAAAUGGUGUUAAAUGACAAUUUACCCGGUGCCAAGGAUUCACCAAGUCAAGGCCAGACUGCUGGUAAUACUUCAGAUAUUGAAGAUGGAAGAAAUAAAAUGGGUCAAAGACCCUUCAAAAACAGUGAGAACGAAAGCAGCAAUGCAGAAGCCAAAGUGCCUGAUGAAAGUCCAAAAGAACAGAAUGCAUUCUUUAAAAACAUUUACCGAUUAAGUAGGAGGAAAUUAAGUUUCUCACCUCCAAAAACUUCAGACAAUGAGAAAACAAAGGUUAUGUCAAAUGAAAACACAGCUUAUAACCUAACAGAAGAAGAAGUGUGUGUGGAAGAUAAGACAGUUGAAAACACAACGUCUCCAUUGUCAGUAAUGGAAAUAAACCAGUUAAUAACAAAAAAAAUGUUACUGGAUGCAAAUGAAAAUAUAAAUAAAAUGGAAAAAGAAUUGAUAAACGAAGGAAAACCAACAGAACAUGAAGAGUACCAUCAGCAAUAUAUGGUUAAAGUUCGAGAUCUCAACCUGCUGUGUGAUGCACUUAUUGGGCAAAUGAUGUCCAUAGUUGCCAAUUCCCUCACUAUUGCUAAAGAAAAUGGUAACUAUUUGUGCUGGACAAUGAAAGUUGUUGAAAUGGAAGAAGCAGCAGACAAAGAGUGGCAAGAACAAAAGAAUCUUUCUGAUAUUAAGUGUUUCAGAAGGCCUCGAAAGUGGCGAGGACAGUGGAGAGAGACAGUUACCAAAAGUGUAAAAGACAGGAUAGAUAAUGUGCCUUUACUUACAAAGAAGAAGGGUUCCUGCAUGGCACAGCAUUUAUCAGACAUUCAAGAAAUUAUUGUUGAAGACCUGAAAACUGUUAAGAACUUUAUACAAAAAUGUUAUCCAGAAAGUUACAAUAUUCUUAGCAUGUACGUGAAAUGCUAUCACCAAACUGUAGCUUCUCAUUUGGAAAGCAUCCUACAGAAACAACUUGAAGCAAGUGAUCUGUAUUCACUACUCAACUGGAUUAUUCACACCUACAAAAGUGAUGCUGUUAUGAACCAUCCUGAGCUUUCACCAGAAGUGAACAUCGAGGGACUUGGUCCAUUGUUAGAUGAAAAAAUUAUAAAGAAUAUCAUGGACAAAUAUAUUGAAGCUUUGAAGUUAACAGUUCCACAGUGGAUGAAGAAUGCAGUGAAGGCAGAUGAAGCAAAAUGGUCUGAACCUGAGGCAUAUGUACCAGAAAUAAUGAUGGGUUGUUAUCAAUCGCAUAUUGCCUCUGAUAUAAGUCAGAUCAUUGGUGCAUACCUGAAUGAAUCUGGCAAGAUCAGCAAAGAUUUAAAGGAGAAAGUUUUGUGUUACUGCCUGAAAGAAUUAACAAAUUUAAUUCACUGCUACCAAGAAGACCUGAAGGUCAGAAAACAGAAUGUCCAAGACCCACUGCCACUCCUGAUUGUAAGCAUCAACAGCUACAUUGAUCUUGGGGAAUUCAUUAAGAACCUUAAAGAAGAUAAUUCUGCAUCUCUCAAUGAGGUAGAAAAGGCAUUAAAUGAAGCACGACAUGAACUCAACAAAAUUCUUUCAGAUGAUCUCCUUUCUAAAGUUUUGUGUUGUUUUAAGAAGAUCAUGAAAAAUAAGCAGUUGUCCAGCAGUGAAGAUUUUGAUCAGUUAAUGGGCAUGACUGAAAAAUAUUGUUACGAGUUAAAGAAAAUGAAAGAGGCUAAUUACCAGGUGGUGAUUUCUGAUCUUCACUAUCAGUUUGUUAGAGAGUACAUUACUGCAUUCAUGAAAAAGAAAAUCAGCAAAAAAACAUCUUCAAAGCAUAUCACAGCAGCUAAGAUAAGAGAAGAGUUGGGAGCAAUAAAUAAAAUGUAUGAAGAAUUUGGUAGCACUGCGUUGUGGCUUUUUCCAAUAACUCAACAUUUGUUCGAUUUUAUUAAUGAAAAUGAAAAUGAACUUGAAUCAAAACUCAGAGCGUUAUUCGAGGACUGUCCAGAGAUUGGCGAAGAACAUAUUUCAGCCCUCCUCCAUUUACGUGGAAUUUCAAAAGGACAAAAGAAAAACAAUUUAAUGAAAUAUUUCAACCAACUGAAGAAGAAUUCAAAAGAUCCAAUAGAAACUACACACCCAUUACUUUUUGAAAAAAUAACCACUGGAUCAGGGACCUGGUUGCCAUCUAGUCCAUUUUAAAGUCAAAGUGAUAAUCCACAAACAGAAUACUUUUGCAGAAUAGUAGUACAAGAAGGAUAACUUCAUUGUCUGAUGCCUAUUGAUCAGACAAUUUACAUUGAUCAGUUACUUUUAACAUAAAUCAGAAUUGCCUUUGUGAAAUUUAAUGAUUGUAUUGAGACUAUUUAUAAAACCAAAUUACUGCAUGUCAUUAUAGGGAUUAAGUACUUGACAAUGAGAUCCCUAUUAAUAUUGAAUAAUAACUUCUGUUUGUGAGGGGAGACUCUACAAAGCACCCUUGUGAAAUGUAGAUUCUUUACUGUGUCUGCAGACAAAAGUAAACUUAUACCCAUGCAUAACCUGUUCAUAACGGGGUCCCUAGGAUCAUGAAACAUCUGCCAAAUUCGGUUGCUUCAGGUCUUUAGUCAGCUGCUUUUGAAGUGAAAUAACCACAAAUCUCCAGUUUAAAUCAAACAAAUAAAACACUAGAAAUGAGGCAAUAGUAGUGAGAGAAAAACAAAGUCAUGUCAAAACAGGCUAGUGUAAUUUCUUUCACCUUCAAUAAAAUAACACUAUCAGAUUCGUCUUCACUUCUCCUUCACUUUCAGCAUUCUGAAAGGACUGUUCCUCCCCAACUCUGUCUCAUCUUCCCAUCUUCACAUCUCACAUCACCUUCCCUCAGAAGUAACACCACCCCUGUUAACUCUUCCCUUCCUAUCAUCCCAGUCCCCAGGGAGUUCUUCCAGGUGAAGUGCUAAUGCACUUGCGAUUUAAACAUUGGUCCUCAUUAUGUUAUCCCAACUGUAUGCCCCUUUUCCAAAUUUUCCCAAUUCCAAAGAACACUAUUGACCUGAAACAUUGUCCCUGUUCCUCUCUAUACAACUGCUGCCAAAUCUACUGAGUAAUCUGGCAUAUUUUGUUUUUAUUUGAGAUUUUCACUAUCUGAAGAUUCUUGCUUGUAUGCUCCAGAGAAAUUAAUUCCCUUUCCCUUUUAGAAGAAUCUAAAAUUGUGGAAUAUCAAGGUGUUUAACUGAGUGGUGGUUGGCAGCAGAUGAGAAACUGGUAGUUCCUUUGCAAACAGAAACCAAGCAAAAUGCAGUUGAUUGAUCGACCAUAGGUAAUUCAUCCUGAGAAUAAUUUUGCAUUUAUGAUUGGGACACAAACCUGACUACACUGUUCAAACUCAAAAAUUAUAUCAUCCAGUAGGAAGAAUGAGUGAGUGAACCAUCAGCACCUGCAUUCUCCUCUCUAAGUUUUACAUUACCCAUACUCAUUGGCUCUGCUCACCUUUGCAAGGACAAUUAGGGAAGCCGAUAAAUGCUGACCUAGUCAGAAAUGCUAGUCUUAAUAAAUUCAGCCAGCAUUCCGGAUACAAACUUAAUUUACAUAAGAGCGAACUUUUCCCAAUUAACAGAAAGAACAAAUAUUGGAAUUAGAAUUUCAUAAACCUCACUUUUAAAGUAAUAAAUCAAUUUACUUACCUCGGUAUUAUAGUAACAAGGAAUUUUAAGCGUCUUUUUCGAGAAAAUUUCACUAAUCUUUUAAAUCACACAAAACAGAGUUUGGCACACUGGUCACCCCUGUCCAUGUCUCUGGUAGGUCGAAUUAAUGUUGUUAAAAUGUAUAUCCUUCCUAAAUUUUUAUACUUAUUUUCAAUCUAUACCAAUUUUUAUUCCUAAAGCUUUUUUUGAUUCUAUUAUUUUGUCCUAUCUAUGGAAGAGCAAAUGCUCCAGACUUAAUAAAGUUCACCUUCAAAAACCUAAAAGGGAAGGUGGUAUGGCCUUGCCUAAUUUUCACUUAUAUUACUAGGUAGCCAACAUACGUUGUCUACUUUUUGGCCUUUUUUUUAUAAUCAGUCUGACCGCCCAAAAUGGGUGGCAAUGGAGUUGAACUCUAAUAAGGAUUUCUCCAUUUCUUGGAUCUGCACUUCCUUGUCAUUUGCCUAAACUAAUUGUUAAUCCUCUCUGAGAAUAUGGGCUCAGUUUAGAAAAUAUUAUGGUCUUCACAGUUUCUCUCUCUCUAGUCCUAUUUUUGCAAAACCAUCUUUUCCAACCUUCUAUGCAAGACUUAGCAUUUCAUGUCUGGUACAGAAAGGGAAUUAGGUGUUUUGAAGAUCUUUCCAUAGACAAUCGCUUUGCAAUUUUUAAACAACUGCAAAGCUUAACCUACCUAAUACUCAUUUUUUUUU